UACUAGGCAAAGCCAGCAAUUGUGCUGCGAGAACAAGCAUCGCAUGAACAGCACUGUGUCGACAGUGGCAGAUGAAGAUUCCGACGUUCGAAGAGCAUUGAUGGACAUUAACUCCAAAGAAGAGUCAUCAGAUAUCAGUGAAUCUGAUAUUGAUGACUACAAGAAGAAACCAUUUGAGCAGCUAAGGGCUGGGAACUAUAAAGUUAAAAAUUUAAAUGGCACUCUCAGAUGUCCUUUCUGUGCUGGAAAGAAAAAGCAAGAUUACAAAUACACAGAGUUACUGCAACAUGCCUCUGGGGUGGGUAAGGGUUCUGCUAAUAGAACUGCUAAACAGAAGGCUAACCACCUUGCUCUGGCCAAAUAUUUGGAGACUGAUUUAUCUGGUGAAGCAGAUCAAGUCCAAGGGCCAUCCUUACCACAACCUUUUUUCCAGCAUCAGCAAGAUGACCUUUAUGUCUGGCCGUGGACUGGAAUAGUGGUCGACAUACAGGACAAGAGUUUACAUCAUUCUCGGUAUUGGCUGAAGAAAUUGGCUAAAUACUGGCCCUUAGAUGUUCAUAUCUUUAAGGAAAAUGAUGUAACUGCUCAGGCUGUGGUAAAAUUUAGUGAUGAUUGGAGUGGCUUUUUGAAUACUAGAGAUUUUGACAAAUCGUUUGGAACUAAACAUUGUGGUAAAACAGAUUGGGAGCUGCAAAACAUGAAGCCAGACUCAAGAAUUCAUGGAUGGAUUGCUCGGGAAGAUGAUUAUCAUUGUGAGGGGCCAAUAGGGAAAUACCUGCGCAAGAAAGGAAGCUUAAAAAGGGUCUCAGACAUUGUCCAUGAAGCAUCUAAAAGCAGACGUAGUGAUGUGGCAAAACUUGCUAAUGAAAUUGAUGUGACAAAUGAGAACCUCGCUAAAAUGCAAUACAGGUUCAAUGAGAAGACUAUGUCACUAAGUAGGAUGCUUGAGGAAAAAGACCAGCUACAUCAUGCUUUUCUUGAAGAAAUAAAACACAUGGAGCAGAGGGUAGCAAAGGAGUCUCGGAGGAUAUCUGAUGAAAAAAAACACUUGAACAGAGAAUUAGAGGCAAGAAAGCGGAAGCUUGAUUUGUGGAGCAGAGAUUUAAACAAAAAAAAGGCAUUAACUGAGAAAGAGAAGCAGAAGCUUGAAGAAGACAAAAGGAUGAAAAAUCUGGGGAUUGAAUCCCUUCAGAAAGGCUUUUAUGGAGAAGAAGAAAGCUAAUGGGAAUGUCUUAAUGCUUGCUGAAGAGCACAAGAGAGAGAAAGAGGAGGCAUUGAGGCAGAUAAUUGAGUUGGAAAAGCAGCUUGAUAAGAAGCAUCUGCUGGAAAUGGAAAUAGAAGAGUUGGAAGGGAAAUUAAAAGUGAGGGAGCAUCUUGGAGAUGAUGAUGCUG